GCGUUUCAGUGCUUGCGGCGAGGCGUUCGAUCUGUGUGUAACGUGUGCACACAGCGCCGUUCGCGUUUGCGCAGCCGUGCGCGCUUGUGCGUGCUCCAGCUGGCCAAGAGCAAAGAGCAGUCCUCGCCUUUGCAGACGCCUCACGCGGCCGUUGGGACAGCACCGCUCGUCGUAGCCGUCGAAAACACGUCGCAGCAGUCACGUCGACGACGUAUCGAGCCGCGGUAUCGCGUGCAGUGCUCUCAGGCUCCGCAACAGCAUGGCAGCACAAGUAGAGGCCACGCCCAACGACGCCGCGGCCCUCGAGGCCUUUUUUGAGAAGGCAGGAGGUUGGCCGGCCGCACAACACAAGGUCGACGCGCUCGCCACGUUCGCGCAACAAGCAUUGGAAGCCAACGCGAAGGUCGCGCUCGUCACUUCCGGCGGAACCACAGCCCCUCUGGAAAGACGAACGGUGAGGUACGUGGACAACUUUAGUACGGGAAAUCGGGGCGCGGCGCUGGCCGAGCACCUCGCUUCCAAAGGGCAGACGCCAGCGUUUGACGCCACGGGCUACCGCGUCGUAUACCUCCACCGGUCGACGGCGGCGUUCCCCUUCACGCGGCACGUGCACGACGCGCUGCGCGCCGACCCGGCCGGGACGCUCCAGCGGCUGGCGGAGGGCCCGUAUUGUGCGAAAUCCUUCGCGGCGCUGCAGGAUUCCAAGCGGUUUCUGGCCGUACCCUUCGACACCAUCGGCGAGUAUUUGGGGCUCCUGCGGGCGUGCUGCACGGCGCUGGAGCCGCUCGGAGGGAAUGUGCUCGUCGUCCUGGCGGCGGCGGUGUCAGACUUCUACGUGCCUGACCUCUGCGAGCACAAGAUCCAGAGUCGUAGUGGUGGCGGUCUGUCGUUGGAGUUCGCGCCCGUGCCGAAAUGUUUAGGUUAUGUGAAGCGGUGGGGCUCGCCCCAGUUUUGUGUCUGUGGCUUCAAGCUCGAGACGGACGAACAGCUCUUGAAAAAGAAAGCUAUGGCGUCCCUCGCGAACUACGGCCUCGACUGCGUCGUGGCGAAUAUGUUGGCGACGUACCGGGAGCGCGCGACGGUCUACACCGCGAGUGAGGGCGUCGUCGUCGCGGGCGACGACGUCGACGCGCGGCUCGCCGAGGAGCUGAUGCGCGUGCACGCGGCGAGGGGCGUGUCGUAAGUUUUGACGACC